AUGUUCUUCAUUAAAGAGCUUUCUCAUACAAUCCUCCUUCAUCCGUCCUAUUUUGGCCCGCGCAUGUUGCAGUUCCUUGAAUCAAAACUCUAUUCUGAUGUUGAGGGUACAUGUUCUGGCCAAUUCGGCUAUAUCAUCGCUGUCGUCUCCAUUCUCGAUAUCGGCAAGGGGAUGGUUCUCAGCGGAAGUGGCCAGGCCGAGUUCAUAACUCGCUAUCGAGCAAUUGUUUUCAAGCCGUUCAAGGGAGAAGUCGUUGACGGUGUGGUGAACAACGUGACAAAGAUGGGCUUCUUUGCAGACGUGGGACCCUUGACCGUCUUUGUGUCCCAUCAACUCAUUCAUCCGGACAUGAAAUUUGAUCCGAAUUCUAAUCCACCGUCAUUUGCUUCGGAAGAACAGAUUAUUGAGAAGAAUACUAAAAUUCGACUAAAAAUUGUCGGUACGCGUGUGGACGCGACGGAGAUCUUUGCUAUAGGGACGAUUAAAGAGGACCAUCUCGGUGUAAUUGACUAG